ACCAAACAGCUUCUCAUCAAAUUCUACCAAAAAAAAAGCAAUUCCGAACUCAAAGAAAAUAUGAACAACCUUCGGGUAACCAUUGCAGUGUUGUUGGUCACUCUUGUCUUCACCUCGACUUUUUCAAAUUCUAAAGUGGAAGCCAAAGAAGAAAUUAUCAUAUCAUUCAAAUGCAAAAAACAAUCAGAAUGCUUAACAAAUAUUGCUUGUGAGGCUUGUGUCGAUUGCCGAUGCGAUAAUGGCUUGUGUAGAUGCCAUGGUUUCAAUGAAGAAGUCAGGACUCCAACAGUUGCACCAUUACCAGCUUAAUUAACUCACUGAUUUCCUAUUAAAUCUCCUUUUUGUAAUGCAAAAAAAAAGAGAAAAUAAAAAGCAAAAUUUAUAGUUCAUAAAAA